AUGUCAUUGAUACAUAUAGCUAGUGUGUUAUUAUUUAUACAAAUAUUUUCAUUUAUUUAUGCACAAAAUGUGAUACCCGAAGUAACAAUACAGGUACUCAAACCUAAGGGCAUAAAAGUGUUUUUACCUGAAAAUGCAGAUAAUUUACCAACAACAUCAUUUCUAUUCGACGGCCUGCUUUACAAGGAGAAUGCAUCAAUUGCGCAAAGCAACAUUGUCCGUCCCAUAUGGGGGUUUGGGGCGAAAACAGAGACAGGGGGAUGGUUGUUCCAAGAUCCAUUUGUAGAGAUAAAAGUGAACCAAAGGAUUUUUUACCACAUAUUUGUCUCGACGGGGCAUGGGGAAGUAGGACAACCGAACAGUGAUGGUAUUGCAAACUUCACUUUACCGGGAUACACACAUACGAAUCGGUUAUAUAAUGUCAUUUCUCUGGUAGACCCGUCAGCACCUGGCCCGCACUGUCGAGAAACAGUGACGAAAGUUCGUGGAAAACGCGUGUGCGCUGGUGAAACUAUAUUCGAGGACAAUUUUGACACUUUCCGAGAAGACUUAUGGCAGAUCGCUCAUUACAUUCCUAUCGACCAUCCAGAACACCCCUUCGUUUCCUAUCAGCGAUUGCAGAGUAACCCAACAGUAGUAGUUGAGAAUGGUAAUUUACGAAUUUCGCCUAAACUCCAACAGGACCUUUUCCAAAGGCAGAAUAAAUCCAUUUUAUCUGGAACUCUUGAUCUUACCAGCGGCUGUACAGAGCUACGAACUUGUUCCAUGUCGUCUAUCGGCGUGGAUAUCGUACCGCCUGUCGUAAGCGGCCGUGUUACCAGCGCAAGAUUUGCCUUCACGUACGGGACGAUACACGUCCGAGCAAAGCUCCCGCAAGGCGACUGGUUAUAUCCAGAGAUCCUGCUGGAACCACUUUCAAAGAAAUAUGGCAGUCUCAACUACGCGUCAGGUGUGCUGAAAGUUGCCAUGGCAAGAGGGAACACUGAUGUGGACAACGAGAGAUAUAGUAAUAAUUGGCUGAUCGGAGGACCAAUUCUCAAUUCAAGAUGUCGUAGUGCACUUGAGUUUUAUCAUAAGAAGAUUGAGGGUGACCAGUUUUGGGGCGAUGAAUUCCACGAAUAUUCACUUACGUGGUCUCCAGAUGAAAUAGUACUAAAAGUAGACGGUGAGGAGUGGGGGCGCUAUAUGCCUGGAGCCACUGGCCUGAGGUCCUGGCUUCCAGCUUCAUGCAGAGGAGACUGGUUUGAGCUACUCAAUAAUGGUGGUAUCAUGGCACCAUUUGAUGAUCAUUUCUACAUAACAUUGGGAGUAGCUGUCGGUGGUAUUGUGGAGUUCGCUGAUGGUUUAUCAACGGGAGAUAAAAUACCUAAGCCAUGGCGGAACAGGGGUCGAAAAGCUGGAUUCUCUUUCUGGCAAGAUAAGGAGAACUGGUACCCAACCUGGAGCACACCUGACCUGCUUGUUGACUAUGUAAAAGUUGUCGCUUUGUAA